UUUAGCUCCGUGGGUCAGGCUGAAGCAGCAGCAGCUCGCGGAGCUUCAGUCGGAUUCUUCUCUCUAAGUCGCUCUGAUCGUCGCACACUUUCUCAGAUGAGUUUCUGUGUUUCCGGCGCGAGACAGGAAGCCUGAGGACUAGUUUAGCUGAGUUGGGCAGCUAGAGGACUAGUUUAGUUUGGCGAUGUCCUGCUCGCGCGCUCAGCGGUAAGUUUGUGUGAUGAUGUGAAGGUGAUUAUCAGCGGAGGAUCGAGGAUCGAGCUGCGGGAGGAUGAAUGUAUUUCUCCGGCUCGGAUUCUCAUUUCUGCUGCUCCUCUGCGCGCUGGUUUCUGCUCAAGGUCCAGAAUGUGGAGCUGGAUGUCAUCACGGCUUCUGUGAGCAGCCUGGAGAAUGCAGGUGCAGAGCAGGUUGGCGUGGUGCGGCGUGUGAUCAGUGUGUUUCUUCUCCUGACUGUGUUCAUGGAGUGUGUGAAGAGCCGGGGCAGUGUGUCUGUGAGAGAGGAUGGACGGGAGCUCUCUGUGAUCGAGAGGCUCGUCGGUGUUCUUCAAAACCCUGCUCGAGAAACUCUACCUGCGUGGAGACCGGAGGAGGAGGACACGUCUGUGUUUGUUCUCCUGGACGCACAGCGGAGGACUGCCUGAAGAACGGCCCGUGUUCGGAGCUCAGCUCUCGCUGUCAGAACGGAGGAAGCUGCGUGAACUCCUCGUGCCUCUGUCCGGCCGGAUUCAGCGGACCGUCCUGCGAGCUCCACACCGGCAGGCUCCGGCACAAACCCCGAGCGAAAGCGUCCGGCCCGGCUCACGCCUUCCACAAGCUGCUGCUGCGUCCGGCCGGGGCCGACCCGCUGGUGACCCGCAGCCAGGUCAUCUGCUUCGCCGUUCUGGGGCUCCUCACCUGCCUGGUCAUCCUGGUCACCACCGGCAUCGUCUUCUUCAACCGCUGCGAGACCUGGAUGGCCAAUGCUAAGUACAGUCAGCUGGUGAGAGAGCUGAGAGCGUCCGACCGUGAGAGACAGGCCCUCAACAUCGUCCUGCCCGAGAAGAUCAAGCUGAGCAGCUACGGCCAGCGCUACACGUCCAUAUAGUGAUCAUCUGACCAGCGCUAGACGUCCAUAUAGUGAUCAUCUGACCAGCGCUAGACGUCCAUAUAGUGAUCAUCUGACCAGCGCUACACGUCCAUAUAGUGAUCAUCAUCUGACCAGCGCUAGACGUCCAUAUAGUGAUCAUCUGACCAGCGCUAGACGUCCAUAUAGUGAUCAUCUGACCAGCGCUAGACGUCCAUAUAGUGAUCAUCAUCUGACCAGCGCUAGACGUUCAUAUAGUGAUCAUCAUCUGACCAGCACUAGACGUCCAUAUAGUGAUCAUCUGACCAGCGGACGAAGCACCUGAUCUCAUUCAUGCACACAUUUACAUGAACAGAUGAUUAAUGUAGCACUAAAUAAACUACUGGUUAUUAAUGCUCCUUCUGACUGUCUUGGCGGUAUGGUUUUGCACUUUCUCUCUUUUUUAACUACAAACGAACACCUUAAAAAGAUUAAACGUUGCAUACGCUGCAAAAAAAAAGAGAUUAUCUACCUUUGUAUUUUUGUUUUCCACUAUAAAUAUGAUCGUUCUGUUUAUUCUGAUUCCUUCCAUUUGGAUAAAACAUCUGUUAAAUGUAUGAGCAUUAUUAAAUCGAGAUGUGAAAUGUUUUGAACAUAAAAAUAAAUUUGUUUAUGCUUAAACCAAGAA